AAUUCAAUAAAAUGAUAUUAAAAAAUGAUACUAAAAACUCAUGUAGGGGAUUGUAUGCGUUAUGUUGGCUAAAAUAUGUACGGUUACUUUAAAAUACUAACUAGAGCAUUUGAAAUAGUUAAAAAACAGAAAGAGUGGAUAUAAGUUUUGUGCAAUGUGUUCAAAUAAUUUUGAAAAACUUAUAAUUCAAGCUCGAUAUCUUGAUGAUGGUAUUGAAAAAUUAAUUACAACGUGGAAACUUCCACAUGUUUUAGUUGGACGUUUCACGGAAUGUACCGCAGAAACAAAUUGUUAUAUCGACGCCGUAUGGAAUAUUAUAAAAAAUACAGAGAAUGGAGUUGAACAAAUUUUAUCAGAUAUAAAAAACUGCAAGUUGGAAAAUUCAAUAGAAGAAUUAUGCCAAGAAAGUAAGGCAGAAUAUGAAACAUUAAAAGAGCAGUGUGAUAAUUUGGAUAGUGUUUUUGCAGAGUAUGGUUAUCAGUAUGAUGAAAGUAAUGUUUCAGAUGAAACAAAUAUUAACGAUACAACAAACUCUGAUCAAAACUCAGUUAAGGAAACAGAAAAUUUAGAAGUGGAAUUUACUCCCAAUCUUAGUUGGAAAUAUAAAUCAAAACACAAUGUGCCUUUAAGUAAUAAUAUAACAUCUACUUCUAGUGACAGUUCUAUUAUACAUAAUUAUUUGUGCACUCCAGGAAGAGAACGUCCACAAGAACCAAUUUAUUCUAGACAUUUUUAUGAUAUAUUGAAAAAAUGAAAUUUUUCAAAUUCGAAAGUUUGUAUAAAUAAUCACAUAUAUUCUUCUAUACUCUGUAAAUUUAGUCACUAAAAUCAAAAUUAAAUCAUUUUAA